AGCGUUCUUUCAAACGGGUAAGGUGGUUCCGACCUCCACACGCUCCGACACAGCGUUACGUUGUUGUUGUUCGCUGAAAUGGUGCCUUGACUGGAUUGACAUCGAACACUUUUUUAAAACUUGUUUACUUAUAGGAUCUUGGAUUAAGCGUUUUAACUGUUUCAAUAAAAGCUGCCCAAGAAUUUCGAAAAGUAAUUAUUCACGAAGUUGUUUUGAUUCACCUGCAUUGCCUUCACAUUGUUUUGAUCUGUCAAAGAUUAUAUAGCGAAACGGAAAGGAUUACAUUAUUCUUCUUCAAAAACUGAAAAUUUCGCUCCAGUGGGAACUGUUUGCUCGCUGCUGUUCGUGAGUGUGCAGGUGGUGAGUUAGGGCUCUCAUCUUCUAGUCUCAAGUCUUGAAGAAAUUCCUCGUUGUUCGUUCUUCGGUGUAUGUGUGUUCUCAUACAAAUCGUGCACUGUUCGAAAAUUCAUUACUAGUCGCACGGCGUCGUGGAGAUGUUACGUUGAGACGUCGCCGUCACGUUUGCGGGUGUUUUUUUUUUUUUAUCCUUUGUUCAUUGGAAUUCUGGUGACAGAGGGAUGGACCGGAUUUUGUGAAAUUCUGGGGCGCAGGGCAGCAUGACCACAUGCCGGGCGGACGACAUGCAGCAGCAUAACUUCUACGGGGACUUAGAGGAUUACGUGUGCCAGAUGGAAAAGCAGCAGGCCCAGAGCGCGGCUGAUGCGGACGACGUGUUCGCACAACUGGCCCGCAAAGAGAAGGACCUUAUACUGGCCGCAGAGCUAGGUAAGGCCCUCCUGGAAAAGAAUGAAGAAAUAAGUCGAGCCAACGAAAGACUCACCGAGGAAUAUUCGCAGCAACUCGAGAUUCUGGAGCAGGAGAAGCAUGCAUUACGUCGGAAACUGGAUUCCGUGGUGGGGGAUUACGAUAGCCGCAUCCUGGAGCUGCAAAGUGAUAUCGAGGAGCUGAAGAAGGAGUUGGAGGAGCAGACCGCUUUACAAAGGAACACAGAGAAGGAGAAAGCGCAGCUGUUACAAGAGCUCACCGAACAGAAUCAUAGGCUAACGGCCCAGCUCAAACAGGCUGCAAGAACAGAAGAACAAUUGCAAGCACAACUGCAGACACUCAGAGAACAAUUUAAUGUUCGACGAUCCAAUCUUCAUGAUCAUGUUUCACAGUUGGAAGGUCUUCGAGAAGAAAUUAAUGUCCUUGAAGGUCGAAAAGCUGAUCUUGGGCAAAGGAUUCAUGCUCUUACAGAUGAAAGAGAAAACUUGAAUUUGUCUCUUGAAGAAUCUGGAGAUAGGAUCAUCCUACUUCAAAAGCAAAACAGAGAACAAGAACAGAAGAUCCGCAGUCAACAGCAAGAUCUAGAAGAUUUGAGACAAACUAAUUCUCAACUUCAAGCAAAAUUGGAUCUAAUCCUAAGGAGAAGUCCAAAUGGAAAUUCCUCUUUAUUAGAUGAAAUUGAAAUGUCUGCACCUUCGUCCAUGGAAGAUGAUGCAUCACGUGUACAGAAUCAUCAUGAUGAUGACAUUGAAUGUGAUGAUCUAGUCUUGCCUUUCACUGGACUCUUUCCUGAAGGAGAUGAAAACAUGAAGCAUUUAGCUCAAGAAGUGAUAGAUAUUUACCACCAGUUACGGAGGUUGUGCCUUGAAUUACGUCGCAGACGUGACAAUGUAUCUGUAGACAGUGGUAUUUCCUCCACCACCCCAGAAGAACUGCAAGCACAGCAAGUGCGAGUGGGAAUGUUCUCUAAUCUUCUUCAGGACUUCAGAAGUCUUAUUGAAGAUUUGCUUGCCCAAGGACCUGACAUGCCUUGUCUUGCAUGCCAAUCUGUUGCUGAAAGCACUGCUAGCUUGGAAAGGCUCCAGAAAGAACUACAAGAAAAAACAGAUUGCCUGAAAGAGAAAAAUGAGGAAAUUGCAAAGAUAAGCACUAAGUUAACUAUUCAAGAUACUGAACUUGCUGCCUUGCGAGAAGAGAGGGAUCAUCUACGACAUGAUGUAGAUAGUAGUGCUUGGGCCAAAGAUGAAAUUGUAAAGAAAGCAUGGACCAUGCGAGACCAAGCAGUGGCAAGGAAGAAUGCAGUUGAAAUAGAGCUUGCUAAGACUCGUAUAGAGUUGAUGCAUAUCAAUAGCCAAUUAAUGGAAGCUGUUCAACAGAAAGUUGAGCUAUCACAGCAACUGGAUCAGUGGCAGUUGGAUAUGCAAGCUCUGUUAGAUGAACAGAUGAAAAAGAAACUGAAAAACUAUGAGCAGCAGGAAGAACGUCGACCAAGCCGACAUAAUCAGAAACUCAAACGUUCUGUUGAUUCAAAAGGAAAACUGUUCAAACUUUUCAGGUGAUGGAGUCGACUCUUCACAAUACUGUUCUUUUUCUCUUUCAAAACUAUUCAGUAAACUUGAAAGUUUAAAAAAUCGUGAUACCUACUUGUUAGAUCAAUAGAAACUUUGAAAAUCGAAGUUGUAUUUUUGUAUAAUGCAGAGUUACUCUCAUUGAUAUUGAUUUUAGCUGUCCAUUUUAUGCAGCAAAUGAAGUUUUUUAAAAUUCUUUCAAAUACCAGGGACCAAUAUUAUUGACCAUCAGCAGCUUAGUAUGUGAGCUGUUGGGAAAGUUGAAAGUUGUUAUGCCUUAAGUAUGUAAAUAUGGCAUGUGUUGUUAAAUGUUGUAGUUAGUAAGUUACUUUAAUUUAUUUAAGAAAAGCUCUUUUUACUGAACUGUAUAUUUGAUGACUUAAUGGUUGUAUAUGCCUUUGGUGCUGAAUGGUUUGUUAACAAUCAAGAUGCAAAAAUAUGUUUAUUAUUUUUUUUAUUAAAUUGACAAUGCUGUAUUUGUUGCAGAAAGGAUAUUCUUGUUUUACUUAGAUCAGUACAAUUUGGAUAUGCACUGAAUCAUCUCAUUGUUUUCUAUCUUUUUUAAUUGUUGCAUUGUAUUUAUAAUUCAUUUGAAAUGUUUUUCUGAUACCAAGGCAACAGUAUAUAUGUCUUUUUUUUUUUCUGCUGACUUGGUUGCUCCUUUUCUAAGCAUUAACAAUAAAAUAAAAGUAAUGUUUUACAAAAUAUAUUAACAUGUGCCUUUUCUUAUGGUGACUAGCAAUAAGACAUUUAAAAAAAUGAAGUUGGUAAAAAACGGUCACUACUUAAACAGGAGAAAAAAUCCUUUUGAUAACACAAGAAAUUAUAGGAAUAGGCAUUUAUCUUAAUCCAAUUUAAAACUGAAAUGAUUAGAAGCCUUUCUACUAUCACUUAUCAAAUUGUACAUUAUUCAAUUUUCUUUAAAAGCAAUCUAAAUUUUCGUUCAUAUCUGUGUAACAAAUAUCAAAGAAAUCAAUUCAGUAAUAUCUAAACGAUUGUAAAUCAAUUUAAUCUCUUUGCUAAUGCAAGAAAAAUCUUUGCUCUCAAGGUUAAUAUGCUGCCACUUCAAAAAUUAUAGUUUUGGUAUUCUAGAGAUGGUUCAGUCAUAACUCCUUAUUGUUAAUGAAGAGGUGAACUUUUUUAUUUUUCAAAGGAAGACAUAAAAUAGUUGCUUUUAAUUUCAAACAUAUCGUUUUACUUUAAUUUUACAGUAAAAGAUUGUAAAUGAAGUAUUAAAUUGUCAAAGCAAGAAUAUGUGAUCUCAUGUACUAUUUUACUUUUAACUCUGUGCUUUAAACCUAUAUUUUUUAGAUUUAAGAAAAGGUAUGAUUCAAUAAAAUGUAAUUAUACUUUUUAAAACUUGGACAAUCUUGGUUUUAAUUAUAAAACUAUCCUUGCCUUAUCCCUUCAAUUUGUGGAAAAGUCAAUCGCUUUUCCCCUUUUUGGAGAUCAAAAUGCUUGUUUUUGUAUGUUGUUGUAUUCUGUUCUAUCAAAUGUAAUUUUAUACAACACCUAUCAAGUCUAAGGAUCUCAUAUGUCCAGGCCCACAGAGCUGAAAGCAUUCCAAAAGGUUGUAAGAUGAUGUGUUGUAAUUUUGUUGCUAAUAAAUUAUAAGCAUGUUAUUUA